AUGACUGAGCAUGAUCAAGGGCUAGUUUUUGAAGGAGGUGGCGAGAAGAAUGGAAAGGAUGGGAGGGUAGAUGGUAUAGUGGGGAUUGGUGGCAAGUUUGGCAGAGGUGGCAUUGUUAGUUUUGGUAGGGUAGGCAAUGUUGGCAUGCUAGGAAGUGGAGGUAGAGCUCCAAGCUUGGGUAACGAUGGCUGUGUUGUCGGUAAUGUUGGUUGUGGGAGGGUGGGGAGAGAUGGCAGUGGUGGCAGCACUACUCCAGGCAAUGUUGGUGGCAUUUGGAGGAGACGGCGAGCUGCUAUCACGACAUUGAUGUUCAACAAUGACAAAGCCAUGAUAAUGGCUAAAACAAAACAAUUGGUAGAGGCCAUUUCUGGAGCUUUGGAACCCUGCAGAGAAAAGGAAGGUUGUUUUGCUGCCCGUCUAAUGGUUUGA